AAAAAUCGAGCAGAAGCCAGCUUAGAAGGGCAAGAUGAACCCUGUCUGAGGAUAGAGGAGAGAGUCUCAUAUGUGGGGACUUAGGGAAAGUAUCACAAAGUAGAUGGCAGUGGAGCAGAAGGAAGGAGAGGUUGCCAGGAGGAAACAGGCAUUCCAGGCACAGGUGACAUCCUCUAAAAACGGGGAGGCCGCCAAAGCACCUGUGUGGGGAGGGAGGCCUGGAGGAUGAGACCAGGAACAACACCUCCAGGGUGCUUGGUAGGCACCAGGCACUGUCUCAAGUGCCUUUAUUCAUAGAAACUCAUCCAGCCCUUACAGCAGUCCUCUAAGGCUCCAGGGAGCAGUGUCAGGGCCAGGGAGACGAUGGUCUCCGUGACUAUGGCCACUUCCGAGUGGAUCCAGUUCUUUAAGGAAGCCGGCAUUCCUCCAGGACCUGCUGUCAAUUAUGCCGUGAUGUUUGUGGAUAAUAGGAUUCAGAAGAGCAUGCUGCUGGAUCUCAAUAAGGAGAUCAUGAAUGAGCUGGGUGUGACCGUGGUGGGCGACAUCAUUGCCAUUCUCAAGCAUGCCAAGGUGGUGCACCGUCAGGACAUGUGCAAAGCAGCCACUGAGUCAGUGCCCUCUAGCCCCAGCCCCCUCGCAGGCGAGAUUCGUCGUGGCACAACUAGUGCUGCCUCUCGAAUGAUCACCAAUAGCCUAAACCGUGACUCCCCACCCAACACGCCCCCCAGGCGCCCGGACACUAGCACCUCCAAGAUCUCGGUCACUGUGUCCAACAAAAUGGCAGCAAAGAGUGCCAAAGCCACUGCAGCCCUAGCCCGCCAGGAGGAGGAGAGCCUGGCUGUUCCUGCCAAGCGGCGCCGGGUCACUGCUGAGAUGGAGGGGAAGUAUGUAAUCAACAUGCCCAAAGGCACCACACCCCGCACCCGCAAGAUCCUGGAGCAGCAGCAGGCAGCAAAAGGCCUCCACAGGACAUCUGUGUUUGACCGCCUCGGCGCUGAGACCAAGGCAGACACCACGACGGGGAGUAAACCCACAGGAGUCUUUAGCCGCCUGGGGGCCACCCCAGAGACAGAUGAGGAUCUGGCCUGGGACAGCGACAAUGACAGCAGCAGCUCUGUCUUGCAGUAUGCUGGGGUCCUGAAGAAGUUAGGACGGGGACCAGCCAAGGCCAGUCCCCAACCAGCACUGACUGUCAAAGCUAAGGCCACAAGCUCAGCGACAACGGCCACUGCCCCGACACUGCGGCGCCUGGCACUUUCCUCACGGUCAGGGCUUGAGAAGAAGCCGGAGUCCUUAUCUAAAGUCAGCAUCAUCCAGAGACUGGGCGCAGCUGCCCUUGUGCCCGAGGCCCAGGACAGCCAGGUCACCAGCACCAAGAGUAAGUCCUCAGCCGAGGUCAAGGUCACCAUUAAGAGGACUCUGGUGGGGCCCCGGGGGAGCAGCUCCAGCGAGGGCCUUGGUGCCCAGAUGGACCACGCGGGCACUGUGAGCGUGUUCAAAAGACUGGGCCGCAGGACCUUCUAGCCCACAUGUGGGCGGGGUACAGGCAGCAGAGCUCGUGGGCAUCUGCCCCCGGCCCGCUCCAGGCCCCUGGCUUCAUCAUGCCUCCCCGCCAGCUCCUGGAUGACAUGGCUUGUCUCCCUCGGGCUCUGGAGCUGGGCCCGAGCGUUUGGGGGAUUCCCCCAUUUCUCCCAGCCUGGGAUGGUCGUCGCGGCUGGCCUGGCCCACUCCAGGACUCCCCUUCUCUCAUGUCCUCUGUGCUUUCUUUUCUGGCUGUGGCCUUGGCAGAACCCACUUUUCUACCUCUCCCAAGUGCCAGGGGCCCUCUUCCUCUCCUACAUUCCCUUCCCCAACCAGGAGGGUCUGCUGCCUCAGACCCCAGCUCAUUAGCCUCCCUGUCCUCCAAAACUGAGUGGGUGUCACCUGGAGGGCCUCCCUUCCCCCACUCCCCAUCGACCUCCCUCACUCCUCUGCGCCUCCCCCAACUGCUGUGACUUCUCUCUCUCCCUAUCUUCAUUCUGUUCAUUUCUCUUCUGUUUUCUGUCCCCGUGGCAAGGCCCGACUGUCCGCUGCAUCCUGCCCGACCCUCCUGUACCUCCGGCCUCCCAGCGGCCCCCUCGUCGGCGGUGGCGUCGAGCCUGUUGAGACUGUUGGCCGCCCUCCACUCCCAGGCUGGGGGGACCUCUCCAGACCCUGGGCUGCGGCCAAGGCGCAUCCGUUUUCCUGCCCUGGGCGUCUUUGUCUCUGAAAGUCUCUGGUGGGUGGUGGGCAAGGGGCACUGGGAAGGGAGGCCAGGGCUUAGGGUGAAGACAGCUGCUGUUUAAUAUAUUUUUGUGACUUUCAAA